CUCACACUUUCACUUCUUGUUUUUUCUCCUUCUGACUGAUGUUUGUAAAACAGCAGGACUCUUCUCCAGCUCGUCGCUGCUUUGAAAGAAAACAGACGUUAUUCCCUGGAAGAUGACCCUGUUCAGGUCUUCUGCGGGGCUCCUGCUGGUCUGGGUGUGUGUGGUUGCCCCGGUGGUCUCUCAGUCCUGCUGUGGGGGGGUUCCUGGGGUUCCUGGGAUCCCGGGCACACAUGGGCCUGAUGGGAGCGACGGCCCCAGAGGACAGAAAGGAGACCCUGGCGAGGCCACUCGGCCCAUCAGGGGCCAGAAAGGGGUGCCAGGCCUGCGGGGCCUCCCGGGACGCCCCGGUCUGAAGGGGGACGUGGGUCUGCCGGGUCCUCCGGGACAUCCGGGGCCGCAGGGGGAGAAGGGACGAUCCUCCAACGCUGCCGUCAGCCAGAAGUGCUUCUUCUCCUACAAACGGGUGAUCUCUCAAACAGUGAUGUCCGACACCAACAUCGAGUUCAACAGAGAGAUUCUGCCUGACCUGGAUCAGCAGUUCCAGGGAGAAUCUCUGACCAACGGGACGUUCGUCUGCACCACCAGAGGAGUGUACUUCUUCAGCUACCACAUGUCAGCCAAGAGCCGCCUGUGCCUGAAGCUGAUGAAGGGCGCCGACAGUCACAUGUUGAUGUGCGACAAUGCGGACGGGUUCCUGGUCACCUCGGGCUCGGCGGUCCUGGAGCUGGCGGUCGGGGACACGGUCUCCCUGCAGACGCACAAGUACAGCAGCAUCGUGUCGAGCCAGAGCAGCACGAGCCACACCUUCACCGGCUUCCUCCUCUUCCCCACCGCCUGAACUGACGCUGAACCCUCAGCCUUCAGCUAACAUCAUGUUUUUAUCAAUGGUUCAAUCUGGAAUCCAAAUGAGAUUAUACAAAAAAUAAAUUCAUCAUUACUUUGUCAUUUAGAAUCUUACUCGAGUCUGACGGAAGAGUAAAACCGUCAAUAGUUGUCGUUGUAGCAGAUUUCUGUUGAGCUUUUCAAAGGUGUUUGCUUGUGCCUGAAUGAAAGUUUUAAAAAGUUAUCUUUUUUUGUGGUUGAGCUUCUGUUUGAGUUUGAUCAGUUUUUACUGAUCACUCCUUCUUUUUGUUGGCUUUUGAAUAAAAGUUUUAGCUCACA